UUGCGCUGUUUCCGUUGUGUUGGUUAGCUUGACGUCAGCUGGUGUGCAGGCAGAGGGAGGCUUCUGCUGAAUUCAGGGAACAGAAAUGGACAGUCAAGGGAGAAAAGUGGUGGUUUGUGACAACGGAACAGGGUUUGUGAAGUGCGGCUAUGCAGGAUCCAACUUCCCCGAGCACAUUUUCCCGGCGCUGGUCGGCCGGCCGAUCAUCCGCUCCACAGCUAAAGUUGGCAACAUUGAAAUCAAGGACCUGAUGGUGGGGGACGAGGCCAGCGAGCUGCGCUCCAUGCUGGAGGUGAACUACCCCAUGGAGAACGGCAUCGUCAGGAACUGGGACGACAUGAAGCACCUGUGGGACUACACGUUCGGCCCCGAGAAACUCAACAUCAACUCCCGCGACUGCAAGAUCCUCCUGACCGAGCCGCCCAUGAACCCCACCAAGAACCGGGAGAAGAUCAUCGAGGUGAUGUUUGAAACGUACCAGUUCACGGGCGUUUAUAUCGCCAUCCAGGCCGUCCUCACUCUCUACGCUCAAGGACUGCUGACCGGCGUGGUGGUGGACUCCGGCGACGGCGUGACUCACAUCUGUCCGGUGUACGAAGGUUUCUCUCUGCCUCAUCUGACCCGACGUCUGGACAUCGCAGGAAGGGACAUCACACGCUACCUCAUCAAGCUGCUGCUGCUGCGAGGUUACGCCUUCAACCACUCGGCCGACUUUGAGACGGUGAGGAUGAUGAAGGAGAAGCUUUGCUACGUGGGUUACAACAUUGAGCAGGAGCAGAAGCUGGCGCUGGAGACCACGGUGCUGGUCGAGUCGUACACGCUCCCAGACGGGCGGGUGAUAAAGGUCGGCGGUGAGCGCUUUGAAGCCCCUGAGGCGCUGUUUCAACCUCACCUCAUCAACGUGGAGGGAGUGGGCGUGGCCGAGCUGCUCUUUAACACCAUCCAGGCCGCAGAUAUCGACACCAGGUCUGAGUUCUACAAACACAUCGUCCUGUCCGGAGGCUCCACCAUGUACCCCGGCCUGCCUUCCCGCCUGGAGCGAGAGCUGAAGCAGCUGUACCUGGAGCGGGUGCUGAAGGGAGACGUCGACAAGCUAUCGAAAUUCAAGAUCAGGAUAGAGGACCCCCCUCGCCGUAAGCACAUGGUGUUCCUGGGCGGCGCCGUGCUGGCCGACAUCAUGAAGGACAAGGACAACUUCUGGAUGACACGGGACGAGUACCAGGAGAAAGGGACGCGCGUGCUGGAGAAGCUUGGAGUCACCGUCAGAUAAAACACAAACAAACAAAAACAAAAACACUUCCUCCCACGAGUCCCUCCAUCCGCCCCCCCACCCCGCCACCCCGCCGCCCGCCUGCUGAUAUCCACGCAACGCUCACCCUGAAGUCUAUGGAUGGACGCUCUCUGUCUCACAAAGCAAAGAAGGGAGGAUGCAAGGAAUGAAGGAAGGAAGGGAACGAGGGAUUAUGAAGGAUGAUGUGGAGUUUGGGGUAAGACCUCUCAAAGCGGCGAGCGCUGUGACCUUUUCAAAUAUUUGACCCCAGACUUGAGAGAAAAAUAACGAGUUAACUUCUGCAGAAGCAACACAGCCGAGUUUAAAGGAGCAGUGCCACAUUCUUUGAAAACAUGCCCGGAAGAUGAUGAGAAUGAUACCACUCUUAUUGACGGAGGAGACGGUUAGCUUAGCAUUAAAACGCUCUCACUGGUGGAGCCCCCCCCUCACUUAGUCUCAGUCAUUUGAUCUGACAGUAAAACCGAACAUGUAAAGGUCCUUUAAACUUAAUGUUUGUAAACACAACAUUCAAACUAGGCCCCUUCUCCUGGGCUCAGAAGCCCCGCCCCCUGCAGGAUGUAGUGUGUACGUUUACUGCUUGUAGCUACACUACAAGCUAACACACGCUAGCACAAGCUAACCGCCGGUGUUUGUCACCUUCCUGUCCAACAGGAAGUAGAUCAACUCCACGUCCACGGGUAAAAGACAACACAAGGUUCACCCUCGUUUUAGAACGAGCUUUAUCCACUUGGUGUUUCUCCUCACUCUCAUUAUAUUUUCUCUUCUUUGCUGCUACGUCCACGUCCGUCAUAUUCACCGCUUUGAAUCUCGUCCAAUCACUGAAUUGUAUCCACUCCUAAACUCACCUGCUGCGCUGUCAUUGGCUGGAGGAAACACACCAGCUCCGCCCAGAAACGUCCCGAGUCAACCAGAACAAAUCAGAACAGUAAAAUCCAGUCAGAGGACAGAGUCUCUGCAGACACAGUCACCACCACACAUGUAUGAAGUCUGUAUUUUAUUUUGAAGGUCCCUACAUAAGUCUGUAUUUUAUUUUGAAGGUCUCUUCCUCUUCCUCCUCGUCUCGACCUCGGUGACCUGAAGUGAAUCGUUUCUGCUUUAGUGUAACAGAAUCCUGAAGAGUAUUAUUUGUGACAUGAUGAUGAGUCUGAUGUCAGGACAUGGUGACCACGUCAAAGCUGGUAUUUGUGGUUCUCCGUCUGCCUUGUCCUGUGUGUAUCAGAGGCUCACACACACACACACACACACACACACACACACACACACACACGCCAAGUGCAGCUCUUCUCCGCUGUUCUUUUUCUUUUUUUUUUUGGUCGUCCUUUUUAUGUUUUGUUUAUGUCAUAAAUGCCAAACAGCUGAUUGAAAUAAAGCAAAGUGAUUUAUAGAC